GUUCUGGCUUGUCGGAGCUUUUUGAGGGGUUUUGAACGCACCGUCAAGUCCAUAUAGUGCAGGAGGUGGAUGCUGGGUUCACUGACGGGGGAAUAAAAGCACCUGCGGCAGGUGUGUCGCUGCCGAGGCCAACAGGAUGUCCUGCUCCUGCUGCUGCUGUGUGACUCCCGGCGGGAAGCUGCUGGAGGGGGUCAGGAGGAAGGAGCUGCUGGUCCGAGAGGAGGAGGAGGAGGGAGCAGGAGGAGAAGAGGAAGAGGAGAGCAGGAGGAACAUGGACGUCUCUCUGCUCAGAGAACAGUACAGGAGCAGCAGAGAGACACAGAGGAGACAAACCCAGCUGCUUCUGUUCAGGACAGUCUCAGAGGAGCUGUCCGAGGCCGUCAGCGUCGUCCCUGUCACUCAGGGUUUGACAUCACCUCCGCCUGCCGUAACCUUCAACCCCGACCCAUUGACCUACGACCCUUGGCGCGUCCAUCUGGACCUCCACCGGCGCUCCUGCCCCGGUGUCACCGUCCGGCUGCCGGCCUCCUCCCCGGAAACAACAAACACCAGCGUCACUGGUUCCUCCAGGCGUUCAUCAUCUUCUUCCUCUGGCUCCGUCACAGUCCCGAAGUCCAGAGGCAGAAAGCUCUCUGUGGACUCAACGUCAGAGUUGCUCAGCAGCUCCAGAGAAAUGUCCCCCUGCAGCUCAUUCAGCAGCACCAAAGAAGAAGACCACUUCAACGUAGAGCGGUGCAGAGAUCCAGACUCUGGAUCCUCUGACAGAUCCAGAGGAGUCGGUGGUUCCGGGGCGGAUCCAGUCCACUUUACUGUCACCAGACCCCUCGAUGCUUCGGAGCAGAAUCCCAGUGACGGAUCCAGAGAAGAUCCUCCUGAUGAUUCUCAGGAGAGUUCGGCCCCCGGUUCUCUGACCAGCUCUGAUGAAAGCUCCACCCCCGUCGCCUCCGUCACCUGCUCCCCCAGCAGCUCCACCACCGACCUACACCUGAAGGAGAACCGGUCUGCAGAUGUAAAAACCACUAACGACUUCCUGCAGACCCGCAACACCCCAGCGUGGAGGGGCUCCAGGAAGUUCUCGGCCCCUGCCCUCAGGUUUACCAGACAGCUGAGUGUAGGGGGGGUGGGCUCGUCCUCGGGGGUUCACCAGAACCAGAACUACUACCCAUUCCCCAGCAGGAAGGCGCCGAGGAUCUCUGAGGCGGCCAGGAGGCUGGGGAUGUACUCGUCCUUCUGAGAGAUUUCACAGUUUAUUUCAUGAUGCGAGUUCAUGUUCAGCUGCUUCAAAACCAGUUUCCUUCUUUCUUUCAUGACCCAGAUGUUAAUUUACAGUUCUCUCCAUCUUUCCUCUUUAAAUCACUCGCUCAACAGAAACGAGAUGUCAGUUUAUCAGGCCAGGAUCAGACUUCUGUUUAUUUUCACUGAUUCAUUGUCAGGUGUGAAGUUAUGACGUUAAUGGUUUCAUUGUAAACCAGCUGUUUUAUUAAAGGAAUUCAAAAGCUGAUGAAUCUGUUCACUGUUUAUUUCUUAAUUUAAUUGUAUCAGCAUCUUCAUGUAAAGUUCAUCA